AUGCCGACCGCCGGGCUCAAGACCAUUAUCGCCCUUUCUUUCGUCCUCGCUGUUGGAUUUCUCCUGGUCAUUCUCUCCUGCGCCCUCUGGAAGGUCUACUACCCGCUCUUCGUCGUCGCCACUUACGUGCUUGCACCGAUCCCGAACUGGAUCUGCUCGCGAUGCGCCAACCCCGAUGACUUCGUUGAGAGCUCCGGUGCCGCCGUGCUGGAUCUCGGUCGCUUCUGCACCGGCUUCCUGGUAGUAAUGGGAAUUGCCCUGCCCAUCGUCCUCGCCCACUCGGACCUCAUCCAGGUCGAAGCCAUGAUCAUGUCGAUAAUCGGUGGUCUCCUCAUUUAUGGCACUAUCAUCAGCUUCGGCAUGUUCUUCCAGGAAGAGCAGGAAUUCUGA